CUCCCACCUUUAACUCUGCAGCAUACCAGAACGUGCUCAUUGAAUUGUUUAAGACAGUGUCACAGAAAGACGCUGUUGUGAAGAAGAUGGGAGACAAUGCAGAGUGCUGCUGGUACUCAAUUGUGUUGUGUGGCAUCGGUUGUGUUACGGUUGUGUAUUACAUGCUGAGGUGGUCCUGGCAGUGUUGGCACGGGUUCAAAGUGUACGUGAUCUCUGAGAUCUGGCAGACGGACCUGAGGACAUACGGCCGCUGGGCUGUUGUAACUGGUGCAACAUCAGGCAUUGGUCGAGCAUACGCUGAAGAGCUUGCCAAACGAGGAUUAGACAUUGUUCUGAUCAGUCGCUCAGAGGACAAACUUCACAGAGUCGCCAAAGAUAUAGAGUCUAAAUACAGUCGAAAGACACGCGUCAUUCAGGCAGACUUCACCGAGGGUCACUCCAUCUACUCUACAAUCACACAACAGCUCGAGGGCCUGGAGAUAGGAAUUCUGGUGAACAAUGUAGGCAUGAACUAUAUCGGGGUUCUGGCAAAUUUCCUUGAUGUUCCUGAUCCAGACCAGAGGAUCACACAGGUGCUAAACUGCAACACACUGUCUGUCACACAGAUGUGCAGAGUUAUUUUGCCAGGAAUGGUAGAAAGGGGGAAAGGCCUCAUCAUAAACAUCUCAUCAGAAGCCGGAUAUCAGCCUUUACCAAUGGUCUCACUCUAUUCUGCAACCAAGGCAUUUGUAACAUAUUUCUCUCUGAGUCUGAAUGCAGAAUACAGGUCAAAGGGAAUCACUGUUCAGUGCGUCGCCCCGUUUAUGGUCUCCACGAACAUGACUCAUAAUGUACCUGUGAAUCCACUGGUGAAAAGUGCAGCUUCGUUUGCUCGAGACGCUCUGAACACUGUGGGCUACACAACAUACACAAGCGGCUGCUUAACUCAUGCACUGCAGCACAUUGCUCUGUCCAUUGUUUUUCCGGGUUGGCUGCGUCUCACGUCCUUUUGUGUGCAACGCAUGGAAAAAUUUGCUCGUAGCAUCGAACCCCAGUUGAAUGAGUUGAUGGCGGAGACAAAAACCAAACAGGAAUGACACGAACUCAUGGAUCGAAAACACACAAACAUCCACAUACUGUACAGUAACAGCAUUAACAAAACAUUCUUUUGCAGUGAACAGUUAGCAACUGUUCCAAAUACGCAAACACACACACGUUUUUUACAAAAUAGGUGCACAAAUAACAGUAUUUCCGUGUGUAUUUGCAUUGGAAAUAGGAUUUUUAACCUAUGCACCAUAUUCACAAGGACAUAUUUAGCUGGAUAAAUCUAGGGACCAUAAAUGUACAGUUUAUUGUAAUGUACAUUUACCAGUGGAAGGUUUGUGUGUUGCUCGACAGAUUUCACUAAAUAUACAGCGAUAUUGUGAAAUCUUAUUACAAUUUUAAACAACUGAUUUCUAUUUUUAUAUAUUUUAAAUGCAAUAUAUUAGUGUAAUAGUAGAGCUAAGGUUUCAGCAUUGUCACUCCAGUCCUCAGUGUCAUUAUAGUAUAUACAGUACUGUGCAAAAGUCUUAGGCCUCCAGUUACAUUUGUUGUUGUAGUGAGGGUAUAAUGACAUUAUAUAUUACUUCUCAUUCUCUUUAUUAAAAUACAACCAGAAAAUAAAGGUUCUAGACAGAUUUUGUAAGACAUGUGAAAGAAAGAGUUAGAGAUAGAUAGAAGAGUAAAUGAAAAAUGCUGGCGUUUCGGUCUUGGUUUGAUCUGUUUUUCUGCCAGAGCUGUUGUCAAUAUUGUUUGUUGUCAAUAAUCUCGGGAUUGUGAAUGCCGAUAAAGUAGACAGGUUUUAAUUCAUCAGCAAUUCUUACUAGGUUUUAUUUUUCAGCAUGACAAUGUUCCCAAACACACUGAUAAUGUAAUUAAAUUAUAUUUGCAGAGAAAAACAGCUGAUGAAACAAAGACAGUCAUGAAAUAGUCUCCACAGAGUCUUGAAUAUUAUAUACAGUAUUCAUUCAUUCAAUUUCCUUCAGCUUAGUCUCUUCAUUCAUCAGGGGACGUCACAGUGGAAUGAGCCGCCAACUUAUCCAGUAUAUGUUUUACACAGUGGAUGCCCUUCCAGCUGCAACCCAGUACUGGGAAACACCCAUACACACUCAUACACUAAAGCUGCGGUCACACUUGGCUUUUCUUCCCAUAGACUUCCAGUCAUACGCAUGCGAACGCGUCAGACCGGAAACGCAAGUUCGUGCGUCAAGUUUCGCAGAUCACUGCAUUGGAAAGUUCAAGCUUGGUGAACUCUGACCUGCAAGAUCACAUUACUUGACUGCGUGAGACCAAUCGAGGAUCAAAACAUGACCUCUCUGGACAGAAAUGUAAAAUAUGGACCGAUCGUUUGCUUUUUUAAUGUCUAAUCAUCCUGUUUAAUCCCGCCCCUUUUCACAGCACUGUACGACAGAAUUUCACAAGCUCAAACUCUAGUGUGACCACAGCUUUAGACCAAUUUAAUUUAUUCAAUUCACCUGUAGCCUAUGUCUUUAGACUGGGGAAACCAAAGCACCCGGAGGAAACCCACGUGAACACGGGAAGAACAUGCAAACUCCACUCAGAAAUGCUAACUGACCCAGCCGGGUCUCGAACCAGCGACCUUUUAGCUGUGAAGUGACAGUGCUAACCACUGAGCCACCACGUCACCCUCUUUUCUCAAAUACAAUCAGAAAAUACAGGUUCUAGACAUAUUUUAAGACAUAUGAAAGAAAGCAUUAGAGAAAGAUGGAGGAAUGAAUGAAAAAUGCUGGAGUUUCUGUCUUGGUUUGAUCUGCUUGAGCUGUUGUCAAUAUAGCCUGAAUUGCUGGGAUUGUGAAAGCUGAAAAAGUACAGACAGGUUUUAAUUAAUCUGUAAUUCUUACUAGAAAGCACCUAAUUUGUAAUAGUUUUAUUUUUCAGCAUGAUAAUGUUCCCAAACACACUGAUAAUGUAAUGAAAUCAUGUUUGGAGAGAAAAACAGCUAUUAAGACAGUCAUGAAAUGGCCUCCACAGAGUCCAGACCUGAAUAUUAUAUACAGUAUGUAUAGGCACCAUAACAGGCAGUAUGGAGAGAAAAUAGAAAGACAGAACAUGAUAAAUCUAAGGAAGAACUCUUAGAAAUGCUCAAAGAUGCUUAAUAUUAAAUGGCAAAUUAUUUCAGAAAAGACUCAGCAAAAAUGUUCUAGAUAUUCUAACAUGCUAAAGAGUUCAUGUUAAACUUUUAAUGCUAGUCUUUUGAUUCCGAAAGUCAUUUUGUUCUGAAUAUGGUGUACAAAUUUCCCAUGUUUCUGUUUUUUUAUAUUAAAAGUAUAGCUCACCCAAAAGUAAUGACCCUGCACUUGCUCCAUACCUUUUUAUAGAUGCUGGUGGAGGACUUUUGCACAGUAAUGUAUGUAGUAUUAGAAUACUAUUACCAUGGUACGUUUUGGAUACUUUGAUGAACAAAGUUCAAAAGGAACAUUUAUUUGACAUAGGAUUUUGUUGUUGUUGUAAGAACAUUAAAGUCUUUACUGUCAUCACUUUUGAUCAUUUUAUUACACCUUUGCUAAUAAAAGUGUUUACAUAAAUGACCCCAA